AUGACUCGUCUCGUCCCCUUGACUCUAUCAGCUGUAAGUCCUUCUGCCCAUGAUCACAGACGGGAGCACAGCCUCAUUCCAGACUAAGAGCCACACUCGUUAAAGGUUUGUCUAAUAACAAAAAACAACAACAACAAACAGAAGACUCCAAAGUUAACAGUUGCCGCAGAAUCCCAUUUAUAUUUUUUAGGAGAGAACAAAUAUUGGACAUCAGACACAAUGUGUCUGUAGUUGUACUGAAGCCACUCCAAGUAUUCAGUUCACUGUACAAAGUCGGACAAGGACGAGAGAGUAUCACGUGCAAAAUGUAGAUUAUAAAUAACAACACCUGACACUGCUGCGGUAAAGAUCGUGACCUCAUGGGGUCAAAUACGUAAGGCAUCAUGCACUUCUCCCUGUCAAUGCUUCACACUGUCGUCCCUGGGCGUCCACAUGUUCUAUCACUCAAUAAAGUCUACAGCCCUGUCGAUAGAUUGACAGUAGGUGAUGUCUCUUCACACUAUGUCUCUUUUUUAAAGAUGGGUAAUAUAAUCCUCGACAGGCGAUGUGAAUGAGUUCAGUGUCGCUCUUCGGCAUCAUUUGAAAAGCAGCUUGAACUAGAGGAGACUGAAAGGUUGUGAGGACAGCAAGAUCCAAAAACGUUUUUAGAGGACCAAAAACGCAUCAAAGACCUGAAAAUGAGACAAUUCCUGCUUUGGACAGUCUGCCUCGUGUUACUGCCCCUGUGUGUGGGGGGUAAGAGAGUUGUCUUCAUGCCCUCUCCCUUCACCAGCCACACCAACUACCACACGAACGUAGCGCGGACCCUCGCUCGGCAAGGUCACGAGGUGUGGUUGACCAUGCCCGACUACCUCGUCAACAGACGGGUGUUGGACACGACUAACUUGACUGUCAUCGAGUACCAGACAUUGAUAAACUUUGAGGAGAUGUUCACGGCCGCUUUCCCCGGCAACUAUUUUAAGGGAUUGUCUGAGGAUUGGAGUCUGGUCAUGUCUAUUGGCUUACAAUUUUGUGAUACUCUUCUUACGAACGCUUCUUUCUUCCAGAACGUUAAAGAACUGCGUCCAGAUCUUUUUGUUUUCGACAAUGUACGGUUCAUGAACAUGAUGACGAUAAUAUCUUAUAGACUUGGGGUGCCUUUUGCUUUUCUUGGAGCAUUUUACGACCCGUGCUACGAGCGAAUCCCUUUACAGCCUUGCAACAUACCAGUGCCAAUUUUUAUUCACAAUCAUCAUAUGAGUUUUCUUCCGCGAGUUUUAUCCACUGUAAUUCAUGUUUUUUCUUCUGUGGUGGACGGAUUUUCCUACAAAGACGCAGUCAGUCGCUAUGCACCAGAAAAUUGCCUUUCCUUACUAUAGACAUGCUUGUAGCAAGAGCUGAGAUCUGGUUGGUUACCACGGAACACAUCCUAGACUACCCGAGACCAUCGAUGCCCAAUGUCAAACUAAUUGGAGGAACAGCUACAGGUCCUGGUAAACCAUUGCCACCGCAGUUUAAAUCUUUUAUGGAUGAUGCAAAAGAAGGAGUUGUUAUCGUAUCGUUUGGUAGUUAUGUCCUUAAUCCACCAGAACCAAUCACACAAAAAAUCAUGAAUGUGUUGAAAGAUUUACCUUUUAAAUCCGUUUUCCGCUCCAACAUUUCGUCACCAAACUCAAAGAAGAUCCUGACGUCGUCAUGGAUACCUCAGAAUGACCUGCUGGCUCACCCCAACACUCGAGUGUUUGUCAGCCAUUGCGGUAAUGACGGUCAGUACGAGGCUCUGUUCCACGCCGUGCCAGUGGUUUGUACGCCGAUCUUUCUUGACCAGUUCUACAACGCUGAGCGCAUGCGCGUAAAGGGCAUGACAAAGACUGUCGACCUCAACACCGUCAGUACACACGAGCUGCACUCCACCAUUCUCAAAGUGGCCACCAACACGAGCUACAAGCAGGCCAUCACCAAAGCCUCGGAACUGUUUAAAAUCGAAUUCGGUGUCCCUGUGGAGAAAGCGGCCUACUGGCUUGAUCACGUGAUGAAAUAUGGCGGCCGUCACCUGCGUUCGUCAGGACAUGAAGUUUCUUUCUUACAAUUUUCGUGCUGGGAUGUUUAUGCUUUUCUUUUAUCUUGUGUACUACUGAUACUUCUGAUUGUAGUGUAUCUGGUUUAUAAAGCAUUCAAAUGUUUCUUCUCGAAAUCAAAGCCAAAAAUAGAAUAAAAAAGGAGUGAAUACUACUAAAAAGAUUUCUUAAACUUCCAGAAGUGAGUAAAUAAACAAUAAAUCUACCCAUUGACCAGCAUAGGCAAAAGAGUUUGCUCCAGUUUUGAAAUUAACCUUUACUAAGCACAUUACAAAAUAAUUUUUCCCUCAUAAUCCUUCAGAAAAUAAGGUUUCUUGCAUUAUUGUAACUGAAAUGUUUUAUUACUCUUUAUAUUUUAAUGUUUUCUUGUUAGUUUUAUUAACCUUCAAACAGCUAUAAAAACAUUUUAUGUAGCAAACUUUUUUGUAAAAUUAGGACAAAACAUUGAGAUUGGUGUUUGUCUUAGUUUUCUUUUUUUCUUUAUUUUUUUUUUCCUUUUUCAAACCGAUUCAAAAUACAUCUUAUUAAAAAAAAACUAAAGUAUGCUAUGGUUAUUAAAUGCGAACUUGUUAUAACAAAGUAACGUAUGUUGUAAAAUAAAUAACGUAAGCUACUUACAUUGCUGAUAGCAGUAUGUUUGAUAUACUUAGUAUGCCAUUGGUUUUUGCUCCAACUUAAUGGCAAAGAAAGAGGAAAAUUUAGUUAAAAAAUACUUUUGACCUACUUGACGAUUUCUUACAGUUCUCUCCUCGACAGUUAGGUUUUUAAAUUAAUUUUACUACAAGAAAACAAAACGUAUAUUUGUUACAAUUUUCACGAUAUAAAUGUAUUUAAAGUGGAGUACCGCAGAUAUUUGUUUUUAUUGCAGAUUAAUAAAAUUUAAUUAAAAAAAAAAAUACCGGUCGAAAGUUCGCUGCUGCAUAAACAAACACGUCGCGGGUUACCACAGCCGUGUAGGGUAUGUGUUUAGCAAAGACACUCCAAAAUAAAUUUGUGAUCUGUUAUAUUCACAGAAUAUAAUAUUUCUUUAUUGAUUUCCGUUUCUAUUUUGCUCGAGUCGCUUUUUCCGUCUUUUUAUGACAAUAGCCAAAAAAAAACCGCAAACUACUAAUAUGGAAACAAGUUU